UUCUUGAAAAUAUUAUGUAUAAAGUUGUAGGAAUUCAUUGCUGAUUACUAUGUGAAAAUGAUAUCAAUCAUGAAUAUAUGAUUAGAAGUUCCAUCAAAGUUGCCAAGACAUGGAGAGUAAAGAAAAUGUUCUGCUCAGUGCAGCCAUGAGUGGGAAUCACUCCAUGACUGAGGCACCUUCCCUAUUUGUCCCCACCUCAUUGGAAAGUCCCGCAAUAAACUGCAAUGCAUCUUUCACUCCAACCAUUCCUCAAUAUAAUACUGUUGGCAUUGCUAGUCAUCAGUCUGACAAUUCAAGUGAAAAGUCAUCACUUAGUACUUGUAUCUCAUCACACACUACUGACUCAUCUUAUGAAUUACCUCACCUAGAAUGCUCUGCUUCAGAAUUGUCAACAAAUGUGCACAACCUUCACAAUGGAGAUUAUCCCAAUCAAUCAAGUGCCUACAACAGUCUUCUGCAAUCCUCAACAGAGGUUGUAUCUGAGCUACAAAUGUUGAGAUCUUUUGAUCUCUUACCUCCCACAGCUACCUACUUGAUCCCAGUUGACUCUCAAGCAACAGGAUCUCUUGCUCCAAUAACUUCAACAUCUCAAAAUAUUCCUCAACCACAAGCUCAGAAUGUUAUUAGUUCUCCUGCUGAUGCAGUUUCCACUUCUCCUACAAGUCUUGCUCCUACGGGAAUUAAUUUCAAUCCAUUGUUCUCAAAUUAUGAAGCAGAUCCUGAAAAUGUACUGCAAUUGGCUCCUGCAUCUUCAGAGCUUCCUGAUGGCUCAUCAGCAACAAUAAUUUCUUCCAUUGAUGCUGCUAUUGCUGAAACUUCUUCUGUUCUUGAUGGUAGCAAGAACAUCAAAGCCAGCAGUGAAGAUGUACUUCCACCUUGCAUUUUGCUUGAAAAAUCUAACUCAUCAUCAUCAAUUUCUAUUAGCGCACCUUUGAAAAAUCCUUCAUUUCAAAAUAUUAGCACUAAUGAUGCUGCAAGUGGGAGAAUUGGAGGAACUGAAGUAAGCAAUCCUGCUAGACCAAUCAGCAUUAUGUCAUCCCUCUCUCAACAUCAGAAGACAACCCAAAAGUGCAGUAUUAGACAAGCCAAGGAUUUUUCAACUAAUCAUAUUCCUUGUUUGGUUGAAGUUUCAACCAGUAUGGAACAGCAGCACAUGACAUUUGGUCGUCCUACUUUGUGCUACACACGCAUCUUGUUAGGGGAGAUUAUGGCUUUGCUGGCAACUAUGAGAAGAGCUACCCCAAGAUGGUCCCAACAUCAAACUGAUGUUUCUCAAGAUCCUCUGGUGUGCAAGCUACGUGAGCUUCAAGUGCACAUAAGCUCACUCUCCACCCAACACGAUCCCCCUCCCCCACCUCCUGCUGUAUUCCUGGAACCCUUCUUGGCUGUCAUACGCUCAGAUGACACCACUGGCCCUGUUACCAAGACUGCACUUGCUUCUGUCAACAGAAUGCUGAGCUAUGGACUGCUGUCAAGUGAGAGUCCUGGUGUGGCGGCGGCUGUUGAGGAUAUCGCCACUACCGUCACACAUGCUCGGUUUGUUGGCACCGACCAGGGUGCUGAUGAGGUCGUUCUCUGGGAGAUUCUUGCCGUGCUCAAGACCCUGUUGCUCGGGCCUGUAGGCCACCUACUCACCAACGAGUCUGUUUGUGAACUGCUCAACUCUUCCUUCAGGAUCUGCUUUGAGACGCGUCUAAGUGAGCUGCUCCGGAACUGCACAGAAGACGCACUAUGUCAGAUGGUGAGUCUGCUAUUUGCCCGGCUGCCGCAGUUUGCUGACGAUCCUAACUCAAGCAAUGCCAGGAGGAUCAGGAUGAAGGCUGGAGGGGCAGCAGAGGCCAGCAAAAACAACAAAAAAGCCAAAACCUCGAAGCUUCUGCCGCGCAACAUGAGCAACUCAGGUUGUCCGACAAACGACCACCAAGCAAGUGAUGAGGAAAUUAAUUCCGUGCCACAGGGUUCUGCCCCAACUAGCCCAAAUGGCGAGGUAAAUGCAAUUGUCACAACUAGUCUUACCACUGUAAGCUCAGAUUCUCUAUCUAUCGAGGACAAAGAUUGCACUUCUACUGUUGCUGGUGAAGGCAGUCCCGAUUCUUCUUCAAUUGAUUCUGGGAUUAACGAUCAAACCAACCAAGACACAGGUAGUGUUGAUAUUUCCAACACUCACCUCCAUCAGCAGGGCUCUCUUGACGAUCUGCAGUCUCCAACUUCUGAUACUAGUCCUUUCUUGGCUUCUCUGAAUACCGAUGACGCAGUAUCCUUGAGUUCAGGAGAAGAAAUUUCAAACACUGACUAUAGUAAUGUCCAGAAUCUGUCAAACUCUACUCACCACAAGUCAGAUGUACGCGUCAAUACUCACGGAGUGAAGUUUACCCCAGCAGACUCGAGUGAAGGUGAUUUAGUUCCAUACGGAAUGGCAUGUGUAAGGGAGGUUCUUCGUUUCUUGGUCACUCUCACUAACCCGACCAAUGACCAGAACACUCCCAACAUGAUUACCACCGCCUUGGGUCUUAUCACAGUAGCUCUGGAAAUUGGAGGAGAGCAGAUCAAUAAAUGUUCGUCUCUACUAAAGUUAGUCCGAGAUCAACUCUGCAGGAAUUUGUUGCUCCUUCUCAAACCUGAAGUCCGUCCCACAAUUCUGAUGGCAUCACUACGAGUUUGCGUCCUCAUCUUUGAAAGCCUUCGGACCCACGUCAAGUUUCAACUUGAAAUGUUUAUGAGGAAACUCACUGACAUCAUCACAUCAGAAGCUCCAAAUGUAUCUUACACACACAAGGAACUGGCAUUAGAAACUGUUGUGCAACUAUGGCGCAUUCCGGGACUAAUAGUGGAACUUUUUGUCAACUUUGACUGUGAUCUUUACUCGGAUAACAUUUUUGAAGAUCUUACCAAAGUUCUUUCAAAGAAUGCUUUCCCAGUGCAAGGCCUGUAUUCUACGAAUAUUUUAUCAUUAGAUGCACUGUUGGCCGUUGUUGAAACGCUGGAUUCGCACUCUCUGUCGCAGAUUAAGGACAGAGACGAUGUUAAACUACAAUCCACUCUGAAAAAUAGGAACGCUGCAACUAAAAUUAUUAGCAAUAUAGUGAGUCCUCCACCAUCAGGCUACUUACUUGGCGUUGGGCUUCUGAAUGGUUUUUGUCCAGUCACCCCCAAACUGAAGGCCUUCACCGUAUUGAGAGAUGAUGAAGAGUUACUAAGAGAACAUCUUCUGGCUCUCAAAGAAAAGAAACGGCUUCUCGCAACGGGUACUGACCAGUUCAAUGUUAAACCUGAGAAGGGAAUCCAAUUUCUUCAAGAUAAUGGCAUUCUCGGCACCACUACUGAGGAUAUAGCCAUAUUCAUGAAAGAGAAUCCGAAGUUGGAUAAGAAAAUGAUUGGAGAGUAUCUCAGCAAGAAGAAGAAUGUUGGCAUCUUAUCUGCAUUUGUAAAAUCUUUUGCAUUUACAGGCCUUAGGAUUGAUCAGUGCUUGAGAACUUUCUUAGAAACUUUCAGACUUCCGGGAGAAGCCCCCUUGAUUGCUAUCAUCAUUGAGUAUUUCUCUGCCCACUGGCACACAAGCAAUAACGAACCGUUCGGCAAGGAAGAUGCUGCCUUCACACUUGCAUAUGCUGUCAUAAUGCUAAAUGUUGAUCAGCACAAUCAAAACGCCAAGAAGCAAAAUAUUCCAAUGACUCUGGAACAAUUCAGGAACAAUCUGCGUGGAGUCAACGACGGGAAGGACUUCGAUCCUCAAAUGCUGGAGGAAAUCUAUAACGCCAUUUGCAGUGAGGAAAUCAUAAUGCCUGCAGAACAAACUGGUCUAGUUAAAGAAAACUAUCUCUGGAAGAUGCUUUUGAAGCGAGGCGCGACAAAGGAAGGCAUCUACAUGCUUGCAAAUGACGACCACUCUUUCGACAGGGACUUGUUUGGUAUUUGCUGGGGUCCCACAGUGGCUUCAUUGUCUUACGUCUUUGAUAAAUCAGUUGACGAUGCCUUCAUCCAGAAGUCGUUGUCCGGCUUUAAAAAAUGUGCUAGUAUAUCAGCUCGUUAUGGAAUGAGUGAUGUGUUUGAUAAUCUGGUUGUUUCCCUUUGCAAAUUUACGGGCUUGACCUCAAGUGCUAGUCCGGCGGAUGCCAUUGCAGUAGAAUUUGGAGGAAAUCCAAAGGCCCAACUGGCUGCUAAAACCUUAUUCCGCCUUGUGACGUUGCACGGGGAUAUUCUUCGGGAUGGCUGGAAGAAUGUGGUGGAGGUGCUGUUGCAACUUUUCAGGUGCCGUUUGUUACCUGCGGACCUCACAGAAUCGCCGGACUUACUUGAAGGAUGUGUAAGCCUUUACCGUCCUGCAAACAACUCCCAGCCGCGCGUGGAACCUAGUCUACUGUCGUCCCUCUACUCGUACAUUGCCCUGGGUGACGGAGGCUCUCGUGGCUCAUCACCCGAGGAUGAAGAGUGCCGAAAACGUGCCAAAAAAUGUAUCGUUGACUGCCACAUCGAGAAGCUCAUACGAGAGUCUGCUUUCCUGCGACACGACUCGCUGAGCGACAUGCUCAAGGCUAUCAUGAUGUUGGGUGAUGGCAGCUGCCUAGUCGCGGGAACGAGGAGCGGCGUGCACUCAGGCGUCGCUGACGGAUUUGGCGGCGAGGGAGAAACCCUCGAUGAGUAUGGACAUGCGCUGCUGCUCGAGGUCGUCGUCCAGAUCAUUAUAGCAAACAAGGAUCGUGCUGGCGCCGUUUGGACUCGUGUCCACGACUACAUCUUAUCGCUAAUGAAGACCUGUGCCACUGGAUACAACAAGCAGCCUGAUCCAGGACCUGACGCGGCUAGGGCCAAACAACAAGCGGCGCCGAGUGGCGAGGGCGUGUGGCUCCUAUGCCGGUGCGUGGCAGCGCUCCUGCGGCUUGCGGCUGUGCUGGUGCGGCGGCCUGAGAUGUCCUCAGUUGCGUUGCAGAGCCUCAAGAUGCUCUUCCUCCUGAACCCAAGUGCCCUCGUUGCCUCCUCACUCCAGAUCGUGGCUGGAGUUCACGAGGUGCUGACGCUGACGGCAGAUCACAUAACACGAGGCGAGGACUGGGCUGUGAUCUUCGCCCUCAUGGAGUGGGCGGGCGCGGGAGCCAGACCUCCCGCCCACAUGGUGCUGCAUCGGCUACACAACCUCAACAUGCGCUCCUUGCCUGAGAGCGAGGUUGGAAGCUCUUCAGGUCCCGACUCAGGACACUGCAGCGAAGUUGGCAGCGGCGUUGAGGGGGGCAAGAAGCCUCUCACUGACGCUUCUGGAUCACGAGCUACCAGCCCUGAAGUUACUGGCACAUCCCCUGGUGGCUGGAUUAUGGUUGGACGCGAAGACAACGACGUGCCCUCGGGACCAGGCGCUUCCACGACCGCGGGUGUCACGAACGAGUGGGACAUCGCGCUGCACCGCGACUUCUUAGCAGGCCUCCCUGUCACUGACGCUGCCGUCCGCAGCGUCGACACACUCGUCUUCCUCGUGCGGGAGCGACACAUGACGCGCUCUAGUCUGCCCCAUGCCGUUAAUUGUGCAAGAACUUUUGUUGAGGCUACACUGCACGGUGGACGUGCCGAAAUUCAACAACAGCAGCAACAGCAACAACGGCAUCGAGGUGACGUAGGAAAGUCGCCCCGACGGCGUCUCGGCGGACGUAAGCGCGGGGACGAUCAUAAGUCUUCAGGCAGCGGAGGGUCGGGGGGCAAGAAAGCAAGCACCGGCGGCGCUGUUCGCAGCAGAGGAGCGACGGGAGCCUCGAACGCUUACGACGCUGAUGAAUCUGACUCCGAUGACCUACCAGCUACUUACCAACAGCUCUCAGAGAAGUUAUUAGAUCUUCUAGACACUCUACACACGUCAGCCGGUUCUGUCAUGGUCAAACCGUUAGACAACGAAAGUGCCCUGGCGGUGACUGACGAUUAUGAUGAGAACUCUAACGCUUCUUCUGGCACUGAGACUACGGGCACAAAUCCGCAAAUUGCGGACGGUUUUCUACCACCCCCACUACCGUUGCCUGAACUCGACUCUAGUGUAGUGACGCGAACAAACAAAGUGCAUCUUUCUGGACAAACCAGAAUGUUGACUGGAGCUGAGCCGGGUCAUGGAAAGGACUCUGGAACAGCGCCAAUUGACUUCAGCUCAAGCUCAGUCCUUUGGCAAGAAGUUCUUUGUCCACUUUUACAAGGCAUUGCGCGUUACUGCUGCGACAGCCGUAGUCGCAUCCGCCAUAUGGCCAUGACUUACCUGCAACGCGCGCUGCUCAACCACGACCUCCAGACCCUCGACGCUCAUCAAUGGGAAGCAUGCUUCAACAAAGUGCUCUUCCCUCUUCUGGCUGCACUACUUCCAGCAUCGCAAAGCAGCACCGCAAGCACCGCUGAGGCUGCCGCUGGCACUGAAGAGAGCAGGCUCAGAGCAGCCACUCUCGUCCAGAAGGUGUAUCUACGUCACCUGACGACCUUACUGACGCUGCCAACAUUCACCGCUCUUUGGCUCACAAUCUUGGACUUCCUGGACAAAUAUCUUCACAUCAAUACCACCGAUCAUCUCUGCGAUGCUGUACCGGAAAUUCUGAAGAAUAUGUUGCUGGUGAUGGAAACAACUCACGUCUUUCACACGGCCCAAGGUUUUACACGUCUCUGGUCGGUCACCUGGGAUCGUGUUGACUCUUUCUUGCCAGGAUUCAGGACUGAACUAUUCAAAUCUCACCCUCCGUCAAAGAUCCACCGCAUCGAUGUUCCUGAGGAAGCCUCGACCUCUGAGGAAGCGUCGCUCUCUCAGGCCUCCUCGACGUGUGAGGGCACCAACACCGACGUGCCCUGUGCUGAUGCCAGCGUAGAUGCCCGUCUUCACAGGUCGAACACCCACCCACUGCUGGACGAUAACCCGCUCUUGAGCACAGCAGCAGCUGCUUCCUUCACGCCUGUUCCUGUAGACAUUGUCUUGCCUGCAGCUUCUGUGGCAACCACUCCUGCCACACACUUCGUUGCGGAUCCUUCCUUUGCUGUGGCUUCAUACGACAAUUCUUCCACCCAGUCUUACAUUCACUCGUGCACAGUAUCGCUACCAGCACAUGAUUCUUUCACUUCUGGUUCUUCUUGUGCCAACUCUCCUACUCACAGCGUUUCUCCAAGGGGCCAACAUAACAAUCAAACCGAUUUUCCUCCUGCAGCUAAUACUGAUGUUUCAAACUCGCUUGCCUCAUUUGGAGAGUCGGCAUUGAUUACCCAGGCCCAAAGAUUUUCUCAACCAAACUCGUUUGGCCCUUUGCCUUUGAGCUCGACUCGCCAGUCUCUAGGUUUGAUUUCAGGACCCUCUCUUCCAAGUGGGUCAAUGUCAGAUGAUGAGUCUGCCCAUGGUAGGCAGUUUCAUCACACCACCGUAGAAGAUCUAACUACCACCAGACUGUCUCUUAGUGAAGAAUCUUUAACCUCAUUCACCUCUCAAAUAAUUUUACAUCCGCCUCUCCCUGCCUCAACCCACACUUUUUCUCACGCUUCCACACAACACAUGCAAUACAACACCGCACCCUUCACCAUCCCGCGUUUUUUCGAACGCAGCGCGGAAGUGGGCGACCGCAUAGACACUGCGUCGGUCACUGGCGUUCCUGAUCGCUGCUACGCUCCUCAGCAGUCGAACGAGCAAAAUGACGUGAUUGUCACUCCUCCCAGCGGUCCAUCUUCAGCACAGCCACUCACCGCGUCUCAUCUCUUCCGUCCCAAGUUGGACGGAGAGGGUGAGGACCCUUUCCAAGGCCUCUCUUUGCCCAUCUCGGGUAUUUAAACCAUCAGAAUCCGGCAUUCUGCUGUCAAUUUCUGGUAUUCACAUCAUAUCCCGACGUUGUGCCAGUAAAUCGCAUGAUGUUUAACGUCCAGCAAUAUAUAUUCACCUUAUGCUCGUAACCUGCGUUCUAGUUCAUUAUUUAAAAAUGUCAAGUGAAAUGAAAUUUUAAAUUGAGCACCAGCCUCCCUUUUCCAAUUUCAUUCGUAAAGACAAGCAUUUUUAGUUGGUGAUUGAAAUCAGUCUUUAGUUGGUGAUUGAAACGAGGACUGGUGUCUUAUAAUCUCCACUUUAUCGCCAGUAGAGCAAUUGUGGUGAUUCUUAUGAGAAUAUACUCGCAUUCUAUUUAACGUAUUAUGAAUCAAGAAAGCAGAAAAGUUAGAUAUGAUAGACUAGGAUGCUUUCUCGCCUGCCCCGUUCUGUCUCAGCUAUCGUCCUGUAUUCUCGUUGGUAAUUCAACUUGAACUUGUGCAUCUAAUUAUUUAUCGUAAAUCUGCUAAGGUUUCUUGACAUCAGCAUUUGGCUGCAGGGUUAGCAUAGACAGAGUAGCUGGAUGGGGUUACGGCAAUGUUCGUGACUAGUAAACUCUGUGCAUAUUAUUAGAGAACUCGGAAUGUGUAUAUACAUAAGUAUAUAUAGCAUUUGUUUUAUACUCAAAGUUUAGUCGAGAUUUUAUUUAUUGUGUGCUAAGCGUGUACAUCAUUACUUCGGGACGUCUUUGUUGACAGUAUUGCAUAAGCUCUUAAAGUUAAAUACAACUCUACGAUCCAUGUUGUUGUUGUCGACGAUAGAAUGCAUUCGAAUGAAGCAUAACAUCGUUACAACACAGCACAUAACGACGGGGGGAGGGCACGAAAACUGCCGUAAUUCCGCCGUCCUCCGCACGUAAGGCAUGGAUACUAAAAUUCGUGUUCAUAGUUUAGGAAUAAUUUUUGCUUCGUGGAGUUCUUUAUGUGUGCAGUGAUUGUACAUUAAUUGCCAUGUAACAUAACGCUGAUGAAAUGGGAAAUAAAUGAAUAACAUUUU